GGUGGUUGUGGCUACUAGUCCGAAGUCCGUCCAACGUCAAUGUUUUUAUUUUUAAAAUAGAAAUCAAGAAUAUGAGCCACUGUGAAUUCUACAAAUAGAUAAUCUAAUUUUAAAUCAUAAUCUAGAAACAACGUGCUAGAAAAUUCUGUGCCAAAAAAUUUAUAUAUGCAGGUGUGUGAUCCGGCAUAUUCUUUAAUAGGUAACCACAAAAAUGACCAUGGAAAACGAAACGCAAGCCGAAACUUUUAAAGAAGAAGGAAACGUCGCUUUUAAGAAGGAAGAUUGGGGCAAAGCAAUCGACUUCUAUACAAAAGCUAUAAAUAUAACCAAAGAAGAAUCACGAAAUUUGUCUAUUUACUACAAAAAUCGUGCUGCUGCUUACUUGAAACAAGAACAGUAUGAAGCCGCACUAGAAGAUUGCGAUAAAUGUUUGAAGAUAGUUCCUAUGGACCCCAAAGCGCUAUUCAGACGUUGUCAAGCUUUAGAAGCAUUAAAAAGGUAUGAAGAAGCAUACCGAGAUGCGACACAAAUAUUCAAAGACGAUCCUACAAACAAACAAAUUCAACCAAUUCUUGAAAAUCUUUUUAAAAUCGUACAAGAAAGAGCUAGGCAAAACGAACAAACUAGUAGUAAGUUGGAAAGUAUGACGAAAAUAGCGUUCGAUUUAGAAGAGACGAAAGAUAAACGCGAGACUGCUAUGAACAAUCUUUUGGUAAUCGCGAGACAGCAUGCUGGUGCUGAACUGAUGGUGAGAUCACCGGUUGUACAUCAAAUCAAAAGGAUUAUUAAAGUUGAGAAAAACAAAGAAAUAAUCACCACGGGCAUUCGCAUAAUCGGAGAACUCUGUAAACACAACGAAACUCGUACUAAAAAAGUGUUAGAAAUCGUCGGCAUACCUUGGUUUUUAGAAAUCCUCGAUGCUGAUGACGAAAAACAAGUAAACGCUGCAGAACAUUGCAUACAAACUAUUCUAAACGCAUUUUCCGGCAUGGAAAACCGCCCGGAUACUAAACCAAAAAAAGAACUGGUGGAAAAAAACAAGAAACAAAUAGAUGUGUUACUUUCUUGUUUGGUGAAAUCUAUCGACAAUCGAAUCAUCUCGGGUCUAGCUAGAGAUGCUUUAAUUGAACUUAUCAUGAGAAAUAUUCACUACGAUCAGUUAUCUUGGGCUGAACAAGUGAUCGACAUAAAUGGCGUCGAAAAAUUAAUGGAAUGCGCCAGCGAAUUAGAGGAAUAUAAGUACGAAAGCGCGAUGAACAUCACGAAAUCAACUUCCACCAUAGCAGCUGUUUGUUUAGCUAGAAUAAACGAGAAUAUGUACUACGAUCAAUUACGUGAAAAAUUUAUGGAAAGGAUCGAAAAUUAUAUUAAAAGAAAAUUGUUGACACCUGAUAUCGAGUCUAAAGUAAGAGUUGCUGCUGCUCUCACUUCUCUACUAAGAGGGCCUCUGGAUGUAGGCAAUGCUUUGAUUGGUAAAGAGGGCAUCAUGGAAAUGAUCUUGGUUAUGGCGAAUACAGAGGACGAGCUGCAACAGAAAGUUGCUUGCGAAUGUAUUAUAGCAGCUGCUAGCAAAGCAGACAAAGCUAAAGCUAUAAUUAAUCAGGGUAUAGAUAUUUUGAAACAUCUAUACAAAAGUAAGAACGAUCAUAUCCGAAUUCGAGCUCUAGUUGGUUUGUGUAAGUUGGGUAGUAGUGGAGGUACUGACGCUUCUUUGAAACCGUUUGCAGAAGGUUCUUCGUUGAAGCUGGCUGAAGCUUGUCGUCGGUUCCUCUUGCAUCCGGGUAAGGAUGCGGAUAUUCGUAAAUGGGCUGCAGAGGGACUGUCAUACCUUACUCUUGAUGCCGAAGUGAAAGAGAAGCUUAUAGAAGAUAAACCGGCGUUGCAGGCGUUGGUGGAGUUGGCGAAAAGCGGUGACCAGUCUGUUUUGUUUGGGGUUAUAACGACUUUGGUGAAUUUGUGUAAUGCAUAUGAAAAACAGGAAGUGAUCCCGGAAAUGAUCGAACUCGCGAAAUUCGCCAAGCAACACAUACCGGAAGAACACGAUCUCGACGAUCCCGAUUUCGUUGACAAACGUAUUCAAGCUCUCGCUCACGCUAAUGUGACCACGGCUUUAGUGGCGCUAUCGAAAACGGAGAGCAACAAUUCGAAGGAGCUGAUCGCGAGAGUUUUUAAUGCGCUCUGUAGUCAGCCGGACAUCAGGGGAAUAGUGGUGGCUCAAGGGGGUAGCAAAGUGUUGCUGCCGUUGGCUCUUAAUGGUACCGAGAAGGGGAAGAGGCAAGCGGCUCAAGCUUUGGCUAGGAUAGGCAUAACAAUAAACCCCGAAAUCGCCUAUCCCGGUCAACGCGUCCUAGAAGUCAUCCGCCCUUUGGUCAAUUCCCUUCAUCCAGACUGUUCCGGUUUGGAAAAUUUCGAGGCUUUGAUGGCGUUGUGCAAUAUCGCGCAAAUGAGUGAAUCGGCGAGAGCGAGAAUAAUUUCUGAAGGAGGGUUUUCGAAAAUUGAACACUACAUGUUCGAAGACCACGUGCAUAUAUCCAGAGCUGCGGUGCAGUGUAUGUGCAAUAUGACGCAAAGCGAUGCGGUUAUUAAGAUGUUUGAAGGGGAUAAUGAUAGGGUAAAAUUCGCGGUAUCAAUGUGCUUAGACGAAGACAAAGACACCGCGAUGGCCGCAGCUGGCAUGCUAUGCAUCAUCACCGGUGCCAGCAACAAAUGCUGUUUAAAAAUGUUCGACUCUAAGAACUGGCUGGACUGUUUACACAGCAUGUUGCUCAAUCCAGACUUACAGAUGCAAUACAGGGGAGUUUGCGUGAUGCACAACAUCGUAUCCGCGUCCAAAGAAUGCGCGGAAAAGUUAAUAGACACCGAUAUUUUAGAAAUAAUGAUGGCCCUAUCGAAGUUGCCUCCGUACGAUGGUAGAGAAAAGAUCGUCGAAAUCGCUGGACUUACGUUGCAAGAAGCCGAACGGUGGGGGGUUAUAAAGAAACCUGGAGAAGACGAUGAUGAUUAAAUGAUAGUUUUAUCACUUUUGAAGAAGAUUCAAAACUGACUUGAAAGUAUUUUUAAUCUUCUUCAGAGGAUCCCAAAGUGUUUAUUAGUGUGUGGUAAGUUAAAAUCUUAACCAAUUUGUCAAUUUUACUCGUUCUAUAGGGUGUUUAAAUUUUGAGAUGUUGAAACUUUUGAAACUUUUUUCUAAGAUUAAAAACUCGAA